GGAUGUUGUUUAAACCUUGGAUGACUAGAGCAGAAUAAAAAGAGCAGCGAAGGCAAGAUGACGAGACAAAAUUCUGGGUGACUGCGAUCAGAGUCCUUCUACGAGCGAUGUUUCCUGUAAGGGAUCUGGUGGCACAGUCGAUCGGUGCGAUUAUUCAUCGCCACCCCCCAGAACUGGAUCCGACUCGGCCAAAAUUGAUGAACCUGAAGUUCGACCUACCCAGGGACGCGGAAGAAAAGUUCGAACCUAUGCUUUUGAUGAAACUCGACGACGGUAAGCUAAUCCAAGUCCAAUUCGCUUGCAAAAACACGCCAUGGUGUAAGCGGUGCCGAUGGUGGUUCCAUACAGAGUCACAAGGAUGUCCGAGAGCGGAGGAAGAAGACGCAAAGGAGCAAGCAGCUUCCAACUCAGGUAAUCGCCGACAACAGCAAGGCGUCACCAUAUACGAGAGAGAGUUUCGAAAGGCGUCAAGAGACCCCAGACCAGAAGCUGUCGGGCGGGGAGAGGGCAGCACAUCAGGAAGACCACCUCCGCAAGAUCGAACUCAGUCUCGGCAACCACAGGGGGAGGGGUAUGGUUGGGGAAAUGAGAGAGAGGGACAAGGAGGUCAGUACAACAUGCACCAAGGGCAACGAACAUCAGAGCAACAUAAUCAAUGGGCACAGCCGUUGCUUGCAGGAUGGCAAGCAAACCUAUGGGGGGGAGCUGUCAAGGGAGGUGGGCCCUACACGGCGCUACCAUAUCAAACAUCGAUUUGGCAACAACACCAAGGGCGAUCCAUACCGCAAGGAAAUUGGACUAGCAUGGGAGGAAUGUUGCAACAGUAUUCGGGGCUAGCAUACGACCACACCACGCAACAAGGGGGUGAGACCGGUCCGUUGAUGGAUCCACGAAGGGAAAAUGGGGAUGGAUUCAGAACGUUUAGAGGGGCAGAAGAGAAAGUGGUGGUGGUAGACGAUAGUCAGGAACUGCAAUACGGUAUGGAGAGAGCAAGAGGGCCAAGGCUACAAGACCUAUCGGAGGGCGCGUUUCAAGGACACAGCGAAUCAUCGUCGGCAGAUGGGAGAAGGUCAAAGGAUCGAAGCUACUUCAUUCCAGAUGGGGUCGAUACCAGAACAACAGGAGGUCAGCAUCACAAAGAGAAGUUCCUGGUACCGCUCAUCUGCACGUUGUUAGGCCAGGAGCCGUAUAUCCUGGGGCUGGUAAACAGAGAUGGCAAGACAGUGCUACCUUCUUCUCCCUUUUGUGGCAAUCCUUCUCCAGGGAUGAUCGAAGCUAGAGUCUGUCAGCUGUAUGCGGAUAGAUUCUGCUUCAGAAUCUUCCCGGAAGAUACGAUGCCGAGAAUGACGGUCGACACGCCAAAUGGAAGGAGACUGAAGUUUUAUAUUCCAAUGGUGGAUGCUCGUAUUCCUACCCCGCACUGGGCAGGCUUGCCCUCGGUAGGAUUAACGUGUAUUCCGUUAAGAUUACUGUUGGGGACAUCAGACGAGGAGUUGGGAAACGUUGUGGUUGAACCAGGGAUCUCGGCGGGAUUUCUGAGGGAGAUUAAUGAGAAGUUGCCUGUGGACAGAAACAUCGAAUCUGGAUACUUUCAGGUGAUUCUUGCAGAAAAAUGGCAAGCUCCCAGCCCCACUCAGGAGAGAGCAGAUGGGGAGUAAUUGAAAGAAGUGCGGAUCCAAGAACUGAACGCAGACGAGGAGAUUCCAGAUGGGAAAGAUUAAAGUUGGAACUUGGAAUGGAAGAGGACAAGGAGAUACAGGAGGGAGACAAAAAGGGAAAAGACUGAAGUAUUGGAUCCACUGUGUGAAGUUGGACGUUA